CACAAACAACCUGAUCUGCAGCACUGCUCACAUUCAGUCACUUUUACUACUGCUCAGAGGAUCACACACAGAUACACUGCUCUGCUCACACACACUUCUAUGUCGACUUCACAGUAGAUCACUAAUCCAAAAUGGAUUUCAAGAAUGAAAAUGCUGAGAUAGAACUUCUUCUGACGCACAUGAACAUCGGAGACAUCCUCCAAGCGGUGGAACAUCUCUACUCCAACAGAGAAGAGGAGGAAUCGGGCGUGCUGUUCGAGGAGUGCCUGUCGCAGGACGAGAUGGAUGAAAACGAGGAGAGUUCGGGCAGCUUGGUUUCUCAUGUGCAGAAUGGUGGGAAGGUCAGGUACGGGACUGUGUCUGAUCUCCUGGCCUUCGUGAACAUGAUCUCCAACACACAAGUAGCCACACUUAAGGAACUAGGAGAAGAGUUUGGAGUUCUGCUGAACAAGGCUGACAUGGUCAUUAAGGAGGGGCGCUAUCGCAUCGACCUGGACGUGCUCCUUUUUCCAUGGAGACUGACCUACAAGGCUAUGGGCUCUGGCCACAUUCCUAAAGGCUCUUUUGGGAAAGUACACCUGGCACAGGAUAUCGAAACGCGCAAGCGAAUGGCAUGCAAGCGGAUCCCUUUGGAGCAUUUCAAACCAGCAGAUGUGGAGAUCCAGGCACGGUUCCGCCACGAAAACAUCGCUGAGCUGUAUGGAGCUGUGCUGUGGGAGCAGAGCGUGCACCUCUUUAUGGAGGCAGGAGAAGGCGGCUCGGUUUUGGAGAAGCUGGAGAGCUGCGGCCCAAUGAGGGAGUUUGAGAUCAUCUGGGUCACUCAGCAGGUUCUGCGUGGCCUGGAGUACCUGCAUUCACACAAAAUCAUACAUCACGACAUCAAACCCAGUAACAUCGUGCUGAUGUCUGACAAAGCUGUGCUGGUGGACUUUGGCCUAACUGUGCAAAUGACAGAGGAUGUAUACAUUCCUAGAGAUCUAAGAGGAACUGAGAUGUACAUGAGUCCAGAGCUGGUCCUGUGUAGAGGCCACAACACUAAGACAGACAUCUACAGCUUGGGCACCACCAUUAUUCACAUGCAGACAGGGAGCCCACCCUGGGUCAGGAGAUACCCACGCUCAGCAUACCCCUCGUACCUCUACAUAAUCCACAAGCAGGCUCCUCCUCUGGAAGAUAUAUCAGAGGACUGCAGCCCUGCUAUGCGAGGCCUGCUGGAGCGAGCACUGGAGAAGGUCCCAUCGCUGAGGAGCUCCGCCACAGAACUCCUCAACGAGGAGGCCCUCCACCCGUCUCGAGAGGACCAGCCACGCUGCUGGAGCCUGGAUUCUGCACUCGGAGAGGGAACACACCCCCUCCUGCGGCAGCAGAGUCAAAUGACGGACAGUACACAAGAUUCCUCCUCGCUGUUCACUGAAGACUCGGGCCCGUUUAAGAGAAAAGGCUCUCUUUACGUGGACCUCGGCGCUCUGGCUGGAUACUACAACUUCGUCAGGGGGCCUCCAACUACUGAAUAUGGCUAGAAGAUUUUUUUUAAAGGAAACCUGGAGUUGCUUUGAGUAUAUAUGUACAUACACGUACAGGCAAAUGGGACUGAAGUUCUGAAGACGUGCACGUACGGACCUGUUUGUUGAAUUAAACAGUGCACCUGUGUAUCUACUCUGCUGCAUGUUCACUGGCACAGUCAGACUUAUGUGAAGUUCCAGUGCCGGUGACAGUGCCAGUGACAUUCUUAAUGAGUUUAAUUUGCUUGGCAAUGAGCUGGAAACUACCCAUGAUGCAGGUGGACUUCCUGACAGCUUGGCUGAGCGAUCACAGGAAAUAGCUCUGCAGUUUAAACUAGCCAGCCUUAAAACUAGCAGUGGUGACAGGUGGUGGUAGCAGAUUAAUGAAUGCGUUUGGUUAUCAUUUUUACGAAUUUUGCGUAAAGAUUCAGUAAGACUUUUACUUUUUGUAACAUGAGCAGUAAAUAAAAUAACAUCAGGUUAUAUUAUUCCCAUGUGAAUUGACAUGUGGGUAAAUAUUCCAUCAUACCAUGUGUAAAAAAAUAUAUUAUUUUACUUUUUUCUCAAUUAUGAAGACAUAAACAGUUCCAAUCACAGUUAAACAAGUUUAAUCUGCUUGGUAAUAAGAUAAAAACUACAUAUUUGAUAUAUAGGUGAACUUUGGCUGAGCAAUCACAAAAAAUAGCUCUGCAAAACCAGACAGAAACAGCCCUACAGCUUUAAAUAUAUCAUAUAUAUUUAAGUUGGCACUGCAGAUUAAUCACCUUCUGGAAAAAAAAAAGAACUUAAAUAAAAAAAAAGAAGAAGGAAAAGUCCCAAAAGUUUGCAUGGAAGAAAAAAUAGCAUUAAGCACUGAGGAUGUGUCACAUGGCUGUAUUACAGUAAACGCACUGAGAUGUGCACAUACAUGGAAAGGAUUAACUAGACUGAUAUGAUGCAGAGCCACAUCCUGCCUUCCGCGGCCCAAGAUAAGCACAUAAUACAGGGGGAAAUGGAUUGUUUGUCAUGUUUUGUGUCUCUCUAUCAAUGCAGAGUGUAUGUAUAAUUGUGUAAUGUCAAUGUCCAAUGAAAAACAUGCAUAUUUUUUAGCGUCAAUAUGCAAUUUUUGCAAUUUUUUUUUCUUUUUUUAUCGUGAGGCUGGGCCACCUUCUAAAAAAUAGUUUUAACAUUAAUAUUGAUUACCUACAAUGAUUUUAUACACUAACAUGCCACAUGUCAUGGGACAGAACCUUGUAUUAUGUCCCAUUACUUUGCUCUGCUUUUCCCAUAUAAGCUAAAGAAUGCUGCACAGAAUUGUGGGAUAUGCAUGGAGAUGAUUUCUGCUAGAGAAUCUUAUCUAAUCGUAUGGACAGUUUUAGCCAGUAGCAACAUCUUGCUAAAACUCACUCAGGGUGACCUCACUAUAACUCAGAUAAUUCAUGUCGCCUUGCCAUGAGCACACUGGCCAGUGUUCAGCCUCACUCACAAGAUAACCCCUCACAACUUACACAGUCCCAUAAUCAAUUUGCAUUCUGCUGUUCCAUGGAGUCUUCAUGACGUUUGGCAUGUCAGUGUAACAGUAUACCAUUCUGAAAAUAUGUUAUGGUGAAAAAGAGAGAAAGUUCAUGAUGUGUAUUCUACAGUAUGUUUAUCAUAGUUAUAGAUGUUAAUGUGAAUGUGGUUAAAGGGUAGGUUUGGGUAUUCUACUUUUUUUUUUGGUUUUCAUUCUGUACACAGACUUUCAAUAGCAUUGGCUGGUUCAAAUGCUUUGAGAGCAGAACUUAAUAAUCCCACAUGUUGUACAGAAUGUUAUAUAUAUUGCAUUACAGUAUUUUAGCAUUAUUUGUUGAAUAACUGAACUUAGAACAAUAAAAAAAAACAAUCAGUGAAGGUAGUUGCUAGACAAGGACAAUAUAUACAUCCAAGUCCAAGUCCAAUGUUUUGUGAUUUUUGGUUUUUAUACUGUAAUUUUCAGAUGUUUCUGGAAACGUUAACAAUGUUGUUCCUGUGGAAUGUUGUGUUGUUCAGUAGUUGCAGUGCAAAGAAUUACCUUAUACCGUGCUUUAGAUCAGGAUUUGCUUUAGCUGUUUCUUGAUGCAUGUAUGUAAAAUACUGGCUCAUUCAUCUGAAGGAAAUAAGGAAAUGAAGGUGCAUUUAUGAUUUAAUCAUUUUUUAAACUCUCCUGUGUUCUGGUUGUAAAAUGUAUUUUAUGUUUUAUAAUAAUCGUUGGUAUGCAGCAGAAAAUUGUGCAGAAAUUUCAAAUUUCUUGUGUUGAGUUUGAGUCUGAUGAUAAUUAUAUACAUCAAAUAAACGGUGUUAAUCAAA